AAAAACAGGUAGGUUGGUAGGAAAAUAAUAAGGUUUAACGUACCUCGCUCGAUGUUAGUACUAUUAUAGGGUUGGUAUAGUUUAGUUUCACAAGUAUAUUGCAGCUUUAAUAGUGAAACAAGAAAACUCGGUUUAGUUGAAAUCCAUACAGAGUCGCGAACGGUUGGACUUAUGGUACCCAUUCGCAAUCAUCAUUCAGCUAUUUCUUCAAUCCUAGACCCUAUUUCUAAAAAAAUCAAAUUCAAGUUUUGCUAUGAAACAGCUUUUUAAAAACAAUUACUACUCGCUUGAGAUCGUUGCGUUUUUCGGUUUCGUUAUUUUGGCAAUCCUUAAGGACGCAAAAUCAGCUUAUUCGGGCAAUAGUCAUCGUGAUUUGGAUAUCUGCAGUCAUUGGAAUGGCCGAAGGCAUUUUCUCGAAUUGGGAGAAAGAGGCGAUUUACAUGCCCGUAAUGUUACUACUUCAGCAUAUCGGAGUACACUUUAUACACCACUUAAUAUAAGGAAUCGCACAAAUGAUAUCUGGUACCAGUGCAAUUUGGAAUUGGUUACAUGUGCGGAGUGUGUGAUUCGGAUUACUUUCACGUAUGUCAAUUUCUCAAAGACAUGUGAGAGAAUUACCAACAAUGGCGUAGGUGGAAAAUCGCCCACAAUGUGUCCUUGCGAGCAUAUACAAUUUUCUGAACCACCUUAUGAUACAACUAUUUCGGGACAAGAAUUUUGUGGCGAUGGCAAGGUGUUUCGCAGCAAAACUAGAACGCUUCUGUUGAAGUUCUUCUAUCGUGCGACAAACAGUCAUAUUUUCACAUUGCAAUAUUUUUCAGAAAGAAAUGUUAAAAUAAUUAGUGGUUCACCAACACAAUCCAUCGUUAGCAACUAUUCUCAAUUCAUACCACAAAUUAUAUCAACACCAUACUUCCCUAUGUCAUAUCCUCGUGAUUAUGGAAUUGAACAUAUUCUAACAUGUGAAGCAGAUAAUUGUCAAGUUCGUUUGGAGUUCACAGACUUCCAACUGGGAUUAUCGUCGACUUUGGAGGUUUUCGACUCAAAUGGCCAAAUGCUAGACUCUUAUGCUGGUGAGCAUUUCCGUCCACCGAUUAUCAUAAGCAGUGGGAAGUCAUUGCUACUGCAAUUUCGUGGUAAUGGUGUUACAGGAUCCGGUUUUAGAGCAGAAGUUAGUUUUGUAUCGUCUAAACAGAUUAAAGAAGACCAACAGUUGAUACCAAAUACAGAUUGCGGUGGUAUGGUGUCUGGACCAGGAGGUGCAAUAACCAUGAUGAAUAUGAUAGAUAAUUCCACCGAUGUACGCUUGUAUGAUUGUAUUUGGAUUAUCAAACCUGGAAAUAACUAUAUGAUGAUGAAGACGCAUAUUUCUCUGAGAGUUGAGUCAUUUUACGGAAUGGCUUCACGUUCCGAGCUUACCAUUCGUCAGGGAACUACAUCGGAUGCGUCAGCUAUUGAGAGUGUUGUCUGGCCAAAUAACGGAAUGAGCAAGGAAAAUCAUAUUGUACCAAUUCUAACUGGCUACUAUAUCCGCUUAAGGGGUGUCUUCGGAAUGUCUUCGAAACUGGCUAUAGUCUAUAGUGUCUUCAAUUAUUUAAACUGUUAUAUUGGAUCUGAAUUCUUAUGCAACAACAAUCAUUGCAUAUCAAUACGUUUACAUUGUGACGGAUUUGACCAUUGUGGCGAUGGAAGCGACGAGCCCGAUUCAUGUGAAGAAGAUUGGGCUCAUUUGCAAAGCGAUCGUCGCUGGUAUUCCCAUAAGCCUAAUUAUUAUUUUCCUAAAAUGGAACAAUACCCAGAUCUGAAGACAGCUACAGGCAUAUUCGUAAUGAGUACAUUGGGGAUUUUUGCAGUUCUUUCUGGUUGGAUGGUGAUUCUAUAUAGAAUGGGUGUACGAGCUAGACAUCAGCGAGAGUUGCAGAAUCAUUUGCAAACUAUUAGUGAGCUUUUAGACCGCCAAGAAGAACUAACAACAGAUGAGCCCCCUGAUUAUGAAGCACCGCCGGACUAUGAAGAGGUUAUCAAAAUCGGAAUGGAGCAAGAGAUCAAUCAUGAAUCACGCCAAAGACAAAGAAGACAUCGACGACAUCAUCAUGAUCCAUCUAGAUCUCGCAGUCACGGCCGAACUGUCAAUAAUAAUCUUCCACAGCCAAUUGUUCAUGUAUACGGUCCAUCAACUUCAUCAGCAGCAGCAUCCGCAGCAGCAGCUGCUGCUGCAUCAUCAUUAAAUCAACCAUCAGGCAAUAUUAAUCCAAUGGAAAAUCCCAUACAAGAGCUAGCUACUCGUGUAUUGGCAGCAACUGCAGCUUGUGACCUUGCAGAGACGGGCACAGAAAGGCAAUGCAGGUGUUCGACAAGCAGUCAACCCAUGGGGAAUGCAACGAGCGCAACAUCGAUUUCCAUUGGGGGUGAAUUACCCACUCCCUGCUCGGAACAACUCCAGAUUUCCCACCAGCAGCGCCAGCAACAGCAGCCAAGCUCUUCGGGCACGCCAACGCAGUUUGAGGAAUGCUCUAAUGAGUUUAGAGACGAAUCCCUUAACAUUUCCUUUACCUUAGCAAUACCGCAAACAUUAACGGGAAGUGAUACAAAAUCACAACGUCCUAAGAGCAACAUCUGUACUGAAAAUACUUAUCUCAAGCGUUCCUGGGUUGUUUUUAACAAUGGUAAUCAAAAUUUUAGAGUUCAACGUCUAAGACAUACAUUUUCGUCUCCUGAAACAUUUUUAAAUGAUUUUCUACCGGCUGAGUCUUUAAACUAUGGAACCAAUUUACCAAUUGACAGAAACUCAUACAUUAGUAAUGCCAGUAUUUUCGGAUCUGAGCUUUCCAGAGAUCCCUCACCAAUCACCGAUGAUCACAGCAAUCCGAUUCCAUCUACAUCACCAUCAAAUCUUAUACAAAUGUUUAAUCAAGUUAUCAAGGCAAAUUGCAUCUCCAACACAUCAUCAUCCGAUACAGAUAAGGAUGUGAAGAAUUUAGGUUCAAAAUCUUCUGCCGAUAGCUCUGAGAAUAAUAUGGAAAAGCCAUCAUGUAGCCAUUAUAAUCCUCGCCUAACACAUAACAGAGGGAGUAUUUAUUAUGAUUUUGAAUUAGAAACAAUUGAUCUUAGCAAUUCAGAAGUGGAAAAUUCAUCAUCAGCUUCAGUUUUUGGCAAUGUUGUUAAUAAUAAUCCAUUCCGAGUAAGCAAUAAAAAGCGAAAUUGCCACUUAAGACGUCACGCUCGUAGUAAAUCAUUUACGAACGUUGGCAGUCGAAAGAGGCCAACACGAUUAAGAAGAACUUCAUCGGCCGAUUUGCUGCUGCAGCGUUUAACGCCGAAAAAGGAACGUUCGAGAAUUUACUUAAUUUAAAAAUAAAAAUUUCAAUAUAAUUGCAACUCUAGGUAUUUUUAUUGUUUUGUCAGUAUUUCUUAAUUAAAAAUUAAAAAAAAAAAAAACAAAGAUGGCAAUGCCUAAAUUUUAAUAGUGCAAAUAAUAAUAAUAGCCAUUCCUAUGUAAGUAGGUUUUUAUUCUUAAGAUGAGAGUUAUAAUAAUGUUUGUAUAUUUUUUAAGGAAAUUGUU